AUGGGCAAACAACCCUAUCAUCUAUUGGAAUUUAUAAUUAUGCUUGAUGAAAAAGCAAAUAAAAGCAACAAGUUCUGUGUCUGUCAAGAAUGUGUAAUUGGUUCUUCUUAUAAAGAUGUAUAUAAUAAUAGGUUUGCAAACACACAAGGGCUAGUUCACCCUUUUCAAGAAAGUAUCGAUGAUAAUUCUGCUACUGAAUCAGAAGUUUCUUUGGUUGCCAGCUCUCUUCAGUCAGAUAAGUUUCGAAGCAAAAAAAAUAGAAUAGAUCGAUAUUUAUUGUGGCCUUUAAGUGAAGAUCAACAGAAACAUUUCAAACAACUUCUACUUAAAGCAACUGUUUCAUGUAGUUUGGCUUUUUUUUGGAUAAAAAACCCAGAAAUAAAGGUGCUUUUUGAGUUUCUUUAUCUACCAGUUAAACUGCCCUUACAAAAAAAGCUUGGUGGCCGAAUUUUAGCAGAAUAUGCACAAAAUAUAACUAAAUCAAUUAAAGAAAUAGCUCAAAGUAAUAAAAAUAGUGUUACAUUAGCAUAUGAUGGUUGGAAAAAUAUAAAAAAAGAGUCAAUUUUCAGAAGUGUUUUAAUUACUUCGAAGGGUAAAAUUCUUGUUUGGAGUGCAAAAGAUAUAUCAAAUGAAUGUAUGAAAUGGCCUGAUGUACAAUGUCGAACAGAAAAUAUGCUUGAUGAUCUAAAAAAAAAAAAAUAA